GAGCGCGGGCGGGGCUUCCCGUGACCCGGAGAAGAGAAGAGGGGGGCUGCGACGUGACCCGGAAGCGGAAAUGCUGCUGUUCUGCCCGGCUUGCGGGAACGUGCUGGUGGCCGAAGAAGGCGCGAGAUGCCACCGCUUCGCCUGCACCACGUGUCCCUACGUGCGCAACGUCACGCGCAAGGUGAGCAGCCGGAAGUACCCGAAGCUGAAGGAGGUGGAUGACGUGCUGGGUGGCGCUGCGGCGUGGGAGAACGUGGACUCCACGGCAGAGCCGUGUCCCAAGUGUGAGCAUCCUCGUGCCUACUUCAUGCAGAUUCAGACCAGAUCAGCUGAUGAGCCCAUGACCACCUUCUAUAAGUGUUGUAAUGCCCAGUGCGGCCACAGGUGGAGGGACUAAUUUUUGCUUCAGAUUUAAUUUCUUCAGUAUCGUUUUUGCUGUUUGUUUGAAAAUUCCCCAGCUUGGUUGUAUGAAAGAUGGUAACAUGGAAAUAAGUGUCCCUGGUUCCAGCUGUUGCAUGAUGUUAAAUUAACACUGGCUGCUGCUAGUGCAGGCAUUCACCAUAAUCUGAUGGUCCAGGGGCUGAAGGUUAUGCAUAUACUGCACAUUUUCCUGAUAGCAAACAUUGUUAGAACAAAGAACUGCCUCUGUUUAGAGAUUAUAUGCAAAAAUGUAUUUAUUCAGCAGUUCCCACUGCAACGCUGCUCUUUUAUAGGGAUGCAUUAAGUUAUCAUUUAUUACUAACCACACCUGUGAUCUAAGAUUGCAGGCUAAAAAAUGGCAGGAAUGGUCAGUAUCUAGAUGGGAAACAGCCAAAUAAAAUGUUCACGUCCUAUUAUUGCUUCAGCGGGUGAUGCUUCCCCUGGAUCAGUACUGAACUCACAGGACUGGGGCCCUGUUGUACUAUGCUCUGUACAGAAAGCUGACAAAGCCUGUCCCCUUGCCCUAGAUUGCUUAUGAAUGAAAGAAAAAAAAAAAAGACAGGUGAAAGAUGAGGGAAAAGAGAUGCAGCAUACAAGGAGCAUGAUCAGAGUGAUGGAGAGGAAUUGUCAUUUUAGUUUUGUGUUUCAAUAUUUAACUCCUGUCCCUGGAUGGUAUGAGGCCAGUGUGUGAGUGGAGGUGGCUUCCAUCUCAUAAGGCCUAAAAUCAAGGUCCUGACUGCUGGACACUAAGGAUACCACAGUGCUUUUUUCAGGCUUAUUUUAAACAGAGGCCUUGUCUAUGUUCAAAGUUGCACUGGUUUAACUAACAGUGUGUUUAAAAAACCUUCAGCAACUAGUGAAACCAGUGCAAAUCCCUGUGUUGAUACACAGUACGAUUUAAACCUAACUUAUAUUGAUGUAUUUUGAUUCCUUAGGGAGUUAAUAUAAGCCAGCUUUAAGUCAAAUUAAGAGUGUCCUGUAGUUUUACUAAACUGGCUUUUCAACUCCUUUAAAGUUAAACCAGUGCCAUUUCAAUAUAGACAGAUGUUCUCCUUCUUAUAUUUAUUCAAUGUCAAGUAACCAGGUGACUUUUCACUAGAAAGAACUGAGGUGUAAUGUAAUUUUUCCCAGUGCUGUGUUACUCUAAAAUUUAGAUGCCAAUUAAGUUAGCCUAUGAUAGCUCUUUUAAUUUAACAAAAGGGUAACAGGGUUGUGGCCCGCCCUAAAGGAAUUGCCAGAGUGUUACCUGCAGAGGGCUCCCCAGAGCAAGCUAGUCUUGAAAGGACACGGAUACAGCCUUCCGCUCAAGGAUGGGCACACAAGCAGAAAUUCUUUGAAAACAAAAGAAUUAUUUAUUUUACAGAAACAGAAGUUACAGUGGGUUUAAUAAGGCAAGAAAAGAUACAUAGGAUUUAAUAAAACACAAUAGAAUUACAUUUAAGAAUUGUACAAUAAAGCGGCGCGACAAAAUAAAAAGAAACUAUAUAGGAUAUCUAAGACAUACAGGAAAUACAGUAGUUUCAAUGUAACAUGCAUAUAGGGAUCCCAUAUACACAAAGGCUUUUAGUUUUAGUGAUACAAUUUAACCCCGUACUUAAUAUAAUGUGGUAUACGCGACCUCUAUAUACACAUAUGAAAAACCAUUACCGUAUUCACAGAUUUAAACAUUUAUUUAGCAUCAACAUUAACACUUAAUACUAAACAUUUAAAACUUAACAUCCUGCAAAUGCUGGCCAAAUGGUUGCAGGACGGGUAGGGGAGAUCUCACUCAAGACACAGGCAUCCGGCUUUAUUUACAGACAGACCUAUACAUUCUUAAAUGAUAAGUAGAAAAGAAGAUCAGACUUACACUUAUAUUGAAAACUCCCUCUGUACCGUCUUAGGUCCUUCUGAUCUUAGUUUUGGGGAGUGUAGUCUCUACAGUUGUGGUCUCUCUUCGAGCUGGGGGGGUAAUGGCGGUUGCUGCUGCUGGCCGUUACUGCUGGCAAGGUAGCUGCUAGCAGGCAGUUGUUUGUUGCCAAGGCAACCUUAGAAUUCUGCUGAUGAUCUUUGAAGCUUCUUGAUCUUCCCAGGUAGUGCUGUCUUCCUUUGAUGUCUUGCCACUCUUGCUCUUCUCAGUCUGCUGUCGAACCCCUAAUGUCUAACUCACUACAGUCUCAGCCUGCUGGCUGUCUGCCUCACAUACUGGUUGCUCGCUCAAAGUCAACUCAUUAACAUAAUUUUUCUGGCUCAGCCAAUCUGCUUCCAGAUAUUAGCAUAUUUCUUCUUCCUGUCUAGAUCCGUUCCUUUUUAUUAGCAUAUUUGUACUUCCUGACUCGCUCAUUCCCCUCUUACAUUAUCCUAUUUUUAGAUAACUAAGCUCCUCCCCGGUGCCAUCUUGGAUUCUAGACCUUUCUAAGCUCCUCUCUCUGAUGCCAUCUUGUUUGCUAGAACUUUCCCCUACCUAAAUUUGAACUGCAUUAUCCCCAUCUCUGCCAUUUUGGUCAGCCAUGUUGGAUUUUCUAAAUUUAAACUAUCAUUAGUUUCUACUUAUUUAGAACCUUAAUCUUAAAACUAAUUAGUAUUUUAUGCAAGCCAAAGUUUCCUGAUACUGUCAUCACCUUAAUUAUAUCAAUUGGGAAAAGUG